CAUCGUCGUACUGCAGAGACACCUGAGAGAGACAAGCGCGCUCGUGUCCCUUCGCUUCCGCGAUGAGGAACACGUACGCGUACGACACCGACGUCGUCAUGGACGACGGCUCGCCCCCGAUCCGCACCACCGUCACCAACUCCGGCGACGCCGUGAAGCGCUACCUCCGCGAGGUCCGCAAGCGCGGCGGGCGCCUCCUCGUCGGCCUGGACACCGAGUGGCGGGUCAUCCGGAGCGGCGCGCACCGGAUGGCCGUGCUGCAGCUCUGCGUGGGCCGCCGCUGCCUCGUCUUCCAGAUCGCCCGCGCCGACUACGUCCCCGGCGCCCUGCGCGGGUUCCUCGCCGACCCGGGCCACAUCUUCGCCGCCGUCGGGGUCGGCAACGACGUCGAGCGGCUCUACGACGACUGCGGGCUCGUCGUUGCCAACCCGGUGGACCUGCCGCCCGCCGCGGCGGAGGUGCUGGGCAGGCCGGAGCUCCGGCGGGCGGGGCUCAAGGCCCUGGCGCGCGAGGUGAUGGGCGUGGACGUCGACAAGGACAAGGGCGUGGCGCGGAGCGAGUGGGGCCGGUCCCUGUCGCCGGUGCAGGUCCGGUACGCCUGCAUCGACGCGUUCGUGUCGUACGAGGUUGGCCGGCUGCUGCGGGAGCACGCGGGUGCCGGAGACGAUGGGGUGGCGGCCGGGGCGACGAUGGCGCCGUUUGUGGGGUUCGAGCUGCCGUAGGCGUAGAGAUGAGUUCUUUUUUUUCGCUCGUCUUGUGUAUAGCCCUCGCGUUGUUUCGCUAGAUUCAGGCAUAUCAGUAUUGGGAUAAUGUAUAUAUAAUCGUGUCACUGGCAGUGUCUAAGGGGCAAGGUUUUGGGAUUCAAUUUCGAAAAAAAUUCGGUCCCAACCGAAUAGGGCGAAUUUC